AUGUCAACAUUACGUAAUAGGCGUGUGGAACAGAUCCGCGGCUGGAUCGACGAGAUAAACAACAACACGCAGCUGAUCUGUCGCCUGCACUCCGACCCCACCUACCACACCAACAAGAACCUGCAGGAGCAGCUGGACUCGGCGGUGACGCAGUCGAACGCGACGGCGCUGAAGGCGUGCGGCGCGCUGCGGCAGCUGGAGGCGCGCGCGCGGGCGGCGGCGGCGGCGCGCGGCGCGGCGGCGCGCAUCACGCGCCUGCAGUCCGCCGCCUCGCGCCGCCUGCUGGCCGACGCGCUGACGCGCCACCAGGCCGCGCUGGCGCUGCUGCGCGACCACCAGUACCGCCUGCUGCAGGACCAGAUCAAGCUCACGAAUCUCACGAUAUCGGACGAAGAGUGCGAGCACCUCCUAGAGUCCAACAACAUAUCCCUGUUCGUUGACAACCUACGCGCAGAAACUGCGGAGGCGCGGCUGGCGUUACGCGAGGCGGAGGCGCGGCGGGACGAGCUCCUGCGAGUGGAAACCGCGUUGCAGGCUGUACGCGACCUCUUCGUACAGCUCGCGCACCUCGUCGCCGCGCAGCAAGAGCAAAUCGACAGCGUAGAGUACUACGCGCUGCAGGCGACGGAGCACGUGGAGAGCGGCGGCCAGCAGCUGCUCAAGGGGACCGUCAGCCGCAGGAAGGCCAAGAAGAAAAAGAUGGGAAUUAUAAUUUGUUUGGCGUCUGGAUUCCUCAUAGUGCUGCUGGUGCUCAUCUACACGUGAGAGCCGCGUGUGCUGCAACGGUUGAACGUCAUACUUAAUUAUUAUUUAUUGUAAAAACUAGUCAUGUUAAUAAUAAAACUACGUAAUAAAUUAUUUUGAUCGAA